AUGACAACGUUCUGUAGCCUCGGACAUAGCGCUCUCGACACAGAGGUUCCGAGUUACAGCGAGCCGUGGCCUGCGGGCUGCGGGCUGGGACUGCCGCCUCCCCCGGGCCUCUCCCUCCUCCACCAGUCAGCAGUCGACACUCAGCAUUCAGCAGUCAGCAGUCAGUGUCUACCGAGCUCCCGGAGUGAGAGGUCGCGUCGUUCGUUCCACGAGGCCAUACACACGUGCUUACGAUCUCGUCGGACGAAUAUGUUUUAUUAUUACGUGCCGCUAGUGAACUGCAGUUUCGUUGGAGUGAGAAAUAUAUGA